AUGGAAAAAACCGCCGAAAACGGUUCCCGCAAGUUCCUCAGUGUGGUCCCUUUUGAGACGAUUGAACCGUACAUGGUCGAUAUAACCGAAGAUCCCCCCGCCAUCACUCUAGAAUUUUUCCAAAGAGACCUCUACUGCCACCUCGAUGGACGCGAGAAGCUCUGGUACCUCUGUGACCACCUCCUUGAUUGGCUCAAGGAGGCCAAGAGGCUUCGACCGAAUCAAGCGAGCGUCCUCAUGACUAUGGAUGAUCCGAUUGCAUCUGAAAAAGAACAAAGAUCGGCCGAGCAGGUCCAGGAUGCCUUAGUGGCGGAGUUUGGGACAGACGAUGAGCGUGCGGUAUUGCAAAGAAAACAGAAAAGAAAAGAGGCUAAUCCUCGAUCCAAGACUGCCACCCCCCUCCAGGAGAUGAUGUCAAAGCUCUAUCGUGUUUGCCUUGACCAUUCGGAGAGCUCCACUGAGGGGGUGACGUUGGUAAACCCCGAUAACCCAGCGGUAUACAUGAGAAUUGGGCACGAGAGGCUCAAAGAGUGGGCUCAAGCGAUCAUCGAUGGGAUCGAUGGAGUUGAUACAACUCAUCCGCCAAAUAAGCUGCCCUUUGAGUGGGUCCCAAGGCCUGGAACUAGCUCAACCUCAACCUCGAUCUCUGAGGAUUUGAUCGCGUUAGUGAACCCAAUCAACAACCAACGAGCAUGGAGUACCGGCAGGGCAACUAGCUCAAUUGUAAACCGAGGUGGAGAAGCAGGUUUUUCUGCACAGUCGCCGCUUAUAAGGGCCCCACUUGAAGUACCCGGACAACACGCUCACUUCAACAACGAUCGCACACCACUGCCAAUCUUGGGUGUUGAACAACGCGGAACGAUGACCGCGUUCCUGGAGAAUGCAAUGAUUCCAUUGGACGAUCACUACACUCAAAUUCUCAUCGAACAUCAUAAGAUUCAUCAUUGGACCUACUUUCGACGAUCAACGAUGCUCGAGCUACUUGGAAUGGGGUUCGCGGCGGGCCCCUCUUGUUUACUAAUUGAUGCAGUUCCUCUCUUUGAAUCGGUCCUCAGACAUACCUCCCCCCAGUAG